AGCAGCUCAGUCCUCUGUGUCCCGCCCACCGAUCUCACUCCUGGCCAGGAUGGCGUCCUGUCUGGCCCUGCACAUGGCCCUGCUGCUCAUCUCUGGGGUCCUGGCCCCUGCGGUGCUCACAGCUGAGAGCCCGCAGGAGCCUGAGCCCACCCUGUGGAACGAGCCAGCCGAGCUGCCGUCGGGAGAAGGUGCUGUGGAAGGCACCAGCCCUAGCCAAGAGCGCGUGCCCAGUGGCCCACCGGCCCCCACGUCAGCGCCUGGCCCUGAGGACAGCACAGCGCAGGAGCAGCUGGACCAGGGCGGAGGCUCGCUGGGGCCCGGAGCCAUCGCCGCCAUUGUGAUUGCUGCCCUGCUGGCCACCUGCGUAGUGCUGGCGCUCGUGGUGGUCGCGCUGAGAAAGUUUUCUGCCUCGUGAAGCAAAUAAAGGAGCCGUGCGGACCCGCACGCCCCU